UGCACCCUUACUGACACUUGCGUGCUUGACUGCACUCUGUAGUUCUCAAAAGUGGAUCUGUCUUCCAACCAGGACUUACCCCACCACUCAAAAACUUUAAAAGGAGUCUUUCAGUGUCUAAAAUGUCUGCCAAAGUCUGCCAAGAAGUUGUUGAACACCCCGGACAGCUCAAGUUCCUCUCCGCUGUGUUUUACGCCGGCAGCUCGUUUCUUAUCACGGUGGUGAAUAAAACCGUGCUGACCACUUUCAGGUUUCCCUCCUAUACGUUUCUAGGAAUUGGACAGAUGGCAACCACUCUUGUUGUCCUUUAUGCAGCCAAAAAGAUCAAAACAGUCACAUUUCAAGAUUUUGACAGAAGUAUUUUCUCAAAGAUUUUCCCUCUGCCUUUGCUGUAUGUGGGGAACCAUUUAACAGGACUGGCAAGCACUAAAAAACUCAGUUUACCCAUGUUUACAGUAUUACGGAAGUUCACAAUAUUGAUGACAAUGAUCCUGGAAAUAUAUAUACUAAGAAAAACAUUUCCAAAACAUCUUGUGUACAGCAUUGUCACCAUAGUCUUUGGUGCCAUGAUUGCUGCAAGCUCUGACCUGGCCUUCGAUAUGGAGGGGUACACCUUUAUUCUGUUAAAUGAUGCUUUCACUGCUGCCAGUAGUGUAUACACAAAGAAGAAACUUGGCACUGAGGGUCUUGGGAAGUAUGGUGUCUUAUUUUACAAUGCACUAAUUAUUAUCAUCCCCACACUCUUGACGAGUGUAUGUACUGGAGAUUUGCAUGAGGCAGUCUCAUUUGAAGACUGGGUUGAAGCAAAAUUUGUUUUUUGUUUCUUCAUGUCCUGCUUAAUGGGGUUUGUGCUUAUGUACUCCAUAGUCCUGUGCAGCUACUAUAACUCAGCACUUACUACUGCCGUUGUGGGAGCAAUAAAGAAUGUUGCAGUAGCCUACAUCGGCAUCUUUGUGGGUGGAGACUACCUUUUCUCUUGGACAAACUUCUUAGGCCUCAGCAUUUGUUGCCAGAUGGAGUUUCAGAAAAGAACGAUCCUCUUUGCUCUAUUUCUUAGUGCUGCUGCCAGCAAAAUUCUAGCUAAGUAUCCAUUCCCACAUUGAACAUAUUCAUUGUAAGGUUACCUAGAUAAAAACAGUAAAUUUCUUUUGUUACUGGGUUAUAAAUGUCAAACAUGCCUAUUGCUUGUACACAUAAGGUUAUGUAAUACUGGACAUUUUGUUGACUACCUUAAAUACACAGAGAGGCUUUAUAGGAUUUUCUGAAUCAGACAUGUAAGAUUUGCAGUUAUUAUUCAGGCAAUUAAGCAUUGUUGUGGUAUUUAUACGUCACAUUGAGAUCUGAAAUAUACUGGCAUAUUUUUGUAUGACUGUUUUAAUGUGCAUAAAAUAUUCUGGUUUUGGCUUUUUUGACAUUGCUGAUUGAUAGAAGGCAAAUGUUACCCUGCAUUUGUCAAAAUAUAUAUUCAUUGCCAUGAGAAAUGGACGUUAAACUGUCCUAAAUUUCUAAAACUGAAUGUUCCAGAUGCCCUAUGGGUCUAAAAAAAUGCUCCUUAAGCCUGAAGAAUAUUUGUAUUUCCUGCAUGUCAGAACUAGAAAUGUAUCAUUAUUGUUAAGGCCUGUUUACAUGAGUGGUAUCAUAUUUGGGUUAUAUUUGACGUUAUGGUAGGUGAGCAUAUUGGUGUCUUACUAAUUAGCAGCUAAGUGGUUUCAAUAAUAGUUUUUUUUUAUUUACAUUUUUUUUAGUUAAAAAAAAAACAACAUUCAGUUCAAAUCAAGAAAAAGGACUUUGAGAGGAGGGAAAAUGACUGAAAACGUGAACAAACGAAGAGUAAAAAAUACAUUAAGACAUUUUCCCAGGGAUCAUUAAUUGCUCAUUUGUUUUUUGUUUCUUAACUAUUUCCCCAGGCUUUGUAAAUUUUCAGCAUGUAAGUUAGAUUCUCCAUCACAAUAAUGUCUAUAAUGAACAGCUGUUGCUUUACAGUCAUCAGCCAUUGCUUUCUCAGCAGCUGGAAGAGAAUCUUGACAAGUAUUGGUCUCAUAACAAAACAUUUUCAUGUCCUAACACUUAAAUCUUUUCUCGUUUUGCCUUGCAGUAUGUCAGGUGGACUAAUGUACUCAUACCUCACCUUUAAUGACAGAACACCUGGAGGUAGCAUUGAGGAGGUGAAGAUUCACAUCACAGACGAUUCAAAAGGAAGGUUGUCUGUCAACUAAAUGGA